UGAGUAAUCAAUUUCAGAAGAUCGAUUGAAAUCAAUAACACAGGCGCCGCUGUCUGUGUUUGAUUAUUAUUCCUGCGCAGGUGGUUGCCUAACGUAUGUGUCCGUUAUUUUAAAUCACAGGUGCUGUUUUAUUUGAUUUAGUUGAAUUAUCCCGAUAAAAUAUGUCAGAAAACGACAAAACGUGUUUGCCGUUAAUUAUUUAUUACAUGAGGGAGAAAUACUACAGACAUGCCAUAAACACAGCUGUGAAGAGUUUAAAGUUGUACAAUAAUGAUCCAGUGCUCCGAUUCUUCAAAGCUUUUGCAACUCUGAUGGAAGGUAACACACAGGAGGCUUUAAGAGAGUUUAUUCAGCUGAGAGAUCAUCCUUAUCUGUCUCUGUGUUCAACAGCAGCUCUCAUUUACGCACACAGACGCUCUGAAGCUACUGAUCUAGAAGCUGUGAACCAGCUGAACUGGGAGCUGAAGCUGUCUGGAUCCGCAGCCGGUGACCGAGCGUUGUAUUACGCAGCGCUGCUCUACUGGAUCCUGGAGCUGGACCUCAAAGCCAGAACAUGCAUUAAAAAGAUGCUGAAACUCUCUGAAACAUCGCCGGAGGGGCUUAUUCUGAAGGGCUGGAUUGUGUUGACCUCUGACACUGAAGAGAACAGACCUCAGGCUAUACGCUACUUUGACAGCGGUGUUCAGGACGCUGGGAAUUUAUUUGGACUCAUGGGAAAAAUGGAGUUCUUCAUGGCGAAGCAGAACGAGCAGUGCGCCCUUGACAUCGCCAACCAGAUCAUCGCCUCUCAUCCAGACUUCAGCCCGGCGCUCCUCAUGAAGAUGAAGGUGUUCGUGUCUUUGCGUGACUGGGAGCAAACGGAGGCGGUCGCACAGAGAGUUCUGGAGAGAGACAGACGUGAUCUGAAAGCUCUUCAAAUGAUGACUGUCAUCGCUGCGGCUAAAGAUGGAAAUAUGGAGCUGGUGAAAGUGCGUCUUCAGGCUUUAAUGAGUGCGGUUGAGAUCUCUGAGCCCUGCAAUCCCAGCCUGCAUGUGGAGAUCACAGCAGCCAUCAGCCGACUGUGUGGACACAACCCAGAGAUCCUGCAGAUGUUGACGGUGUUUGUGCGUCGAGUGUCUUCACGCACACCAGUGGUGUCUGAUGUCAUCUGUGAGCUCGGCUAUCUGCUCAAUCACCAAAGCAAGUAUAAGGAUGCCCAUAAAUGCUACUCUACAGCACUGAAAACAGAGCCCAAGUGCACCUCCGCAUUAGUAGGCACUAUUAGAUGCCAGCUGAUGUGCGAUCAGCUUGAGGAAGCUGCCCAGCAGCUCGCGUUCUUCUGCGAAGUGCAAGAGUCUCUUGGAAAUACAGCGGAAGUUCCUCUGCUGAAGGCCCUGUUGGGCAGGAAGCAGAGCGCAGGUGAGGAGACGGUGAUGCAGCUGCUAAAAGACGCCACAGAGCGCCAUUUCUCUGCUCUUCGUGGGCUAAAUUAUGGUGUGGAAUACCUGCAGAUGCUGGACCUCAAUUUCCUUCUGCAAAUAGUGUGCAUGCACCUGGAGUCCAAACAGGAUUUUGCCCUCGUUCCUGGACAAACUCCACCAUUUUGGCUCAAACACUCAAAUAUGAUCUUGGAAACAGUCAUCAAAGCUGUUCCUGGCAUGUCGGUGAGCUGUUAUUAUAUGGCAUACAUCAAGUUCCUUCUAGGUGAGCACAGGACAGCCCAGCACUUUUUGAACCUGUGCAUAGAGAAAGGUCCGUCUGUCCCGGAGGUACACCUCCUGCAGGCCCGUCUGCACGUGAGCGCUGGAGAGCACAGCAGGUGUCUGAGCUGUCUGGAGUCUGCUGUCAGCGUCAACUUUGAGGUUCGAGACCGAUUCCAGUUCCAUCUGCUCAAAGCUCGUGCUCUGCUGAGAUCUGGAGACCUGAAGAACGCCAUCCAGUGUCUGAAGAUCACCAUGAACAUGCCUGGGGUCCGCAGGCCCUCAGAGGGGCCGCAGUUCUUCAUCUCCCCCAGCGAGCGAGUGUCUGUGUACCUGGAGCUCACAGAGGCACUGAGACUCAACGGAGAGCAGCACGAGGCCACUAGAGUUCUGCAGGACGCCAUUCUGUGUUUCAAAGGCACACCGGAGGAGACGCGUCUCAUGCUUGCUAAUGUGGAUCUGGCUUUAGCGAGAGAUGACGUGGACGCCGCUGUAGUCGUGCUGCAAAACAUCCUGCCUACUGAGUCAGCCUACAUCCAAGCCCGAGAGAAGAUGGCACAUAUAUACUUGGAGAGGAAACACAAUGAGAAGCUUUACAUCACAUGUUACAGGGAAAUAAGUGAGCAGCUUCCAGGAGCUCAUACUAGGAUCUUGCUGGCUGAUGCCUUCAUGAAGAUACACCAGCCCGAGGAAGCAGUCAAGAUCUACCGAGAAGUAGAGAAAAUUGCUCCGAAAGAUACUUUAGCCAAGAAAAUAGGCCAGGCUUUAGUGAAGGCUCAUGAAUAUGACACGGCUGUGAGCUAUUAUGAGACUGCUCUGAAGACGGAUACGCUGGACUGUCUUGUGAGUGUAGAGCUGUCCGAACUGCUGCUUAAACUGAAACGAUUUGAGAAAGCUCAGCAGGUCCUGGAAAAGGCCUUGGAACAUGAACCUACUGCUGUGUUGGCUACCAUGAUGAGUGAAGUAACAGUUUUACGAGUUUUAGUAAAAGUACUACGUGCCAGGAAUGAGUCUGCCCUGGACGUCAUGAAAAGGUUGCACGAUCUCCAGCAAAAAGUUGUUUUCCGGACUGCAAACGAGCAUCCGGAAGAAUUAGAGGAUCAGAGGAAGUCGUUAGUGGUGAUCUGCUGUGAUUGGGCUCGUGAGUUUCACCUCAGACGCAACCUGGAAAAGGCCAAACAGCACUACACUGACGCUUUAAAUCACAGCCCGGACAACGAGGAGGUCAUCUUUCGUCUGGCUCAGUUAUACUACGAGCAUCAGAAGCUGGAUUACUGUGAGGAACUUUGUCUGAAGAUCCUGCAGCUCCACCAAAACCACACCGCUGCCUUGAUGCUGUUGGCUGAUACAUUAUUUUGGAAGAACCAAAAAGAGGAAGCAGUCAAGAUUUAUGCCAUUAUUAUGGAGCGAAACCCAGGUGGAAUGGAAUAUCAGCACUCGUGCCAGCUGACUGAAGCUCUGAUGCACUUGAACAAGGCCAGAGGAGACGCGGACUGGGGAGAACCAGCGGUGGAUCUGAUGGUCCGGAUCUGCCUGAACCCUGACAGAGACGUCUUCGGAGGAGAGGUUUUACAUAAAGGACAAAAGGACACGAGCAGUGAGUCCGAGAGUGAGACGAGAAUAAGCACAGCUCACAACAUACUCUCGAUGUUUCGGCCGCGAUCUAAAUCUGAGCAGGACAAACUCGAGCUGCUCUCGAAUCUGUGUCGAAUCUACAGCAAAGAGCCCAAAGAGGUGGAGAGAGCCGUGCUGGAGCUCACAGACAUGCAGGCUAAGAACGUGAUGCUGGAGGCGUCUUUGCUCAUGAUGGCUCAAGGUUUCGUUCAGCUGAAGCAGAUUCCCAGAGCCAGAAACUUCCUCAAACGCCUCAGCAGGAUGGAGUGGAGCGACACAAACGCGGAUGACUUGGAGAGCGCCUGCCUGCUCUUGGCUGACAUGUACAUCAAGACGGGAAAAUACACGCAAGUGGACAAACUGCUCGACAGCUGCAUACGAUACAAUCAGUCGUGUAGUAAGGCGUACGAGUAUCGGGGUUUGAUAAUGGAGAGCGAGCAGAGACACAGCGACGCAGCGCUGCAGUAUGAACUGGCCUGGAAACACAGCAGCAGAGCCCAUCCUGCAGUCGGGUUUCGUCUGGCCUUUAACUACCUGAAGUGCAAGAAUUACACACUGGCCGUUGAUGUGUGUCAUCAGGUGCUGCAGCAGCGUCCAGAUUACCCAGAAAUCCAAGAUGAGCUUCUGACCCGAGCUCAGCUCUCUCUCCGUCUGUGACCGUGUAUGUGUGUGUGUGAUUUACAGCGACUGGGAUCAAGAUUUCCCUUCUAAAACACUUUCAUUGAGAGAUUUUAGUUAGAAAACUAAGUAACAGUAUAGGGACCAAUUCUCACUAUAAACUAGUUGCUUAUUA